UAUCGCCUUGACCUUAACUGGAGCAAUGGCAUCGAUAGCAUUUUUUACUUUUGCAUUAAAGCUAUCGAGGAGAACAUCCAUAGAGUCUGUAGAUAUACUCGGUGACAGAGACAUAGCAUUCAUAAAUAGCUCACUGGUGUUCUCAUUUAUGAAUCUCUUUUUUAUUGAGACGGGUCUAUUUUAAGUGGCAGGACUGAUUGAUAUAUCAAAGAAAAUACAGAAAUGAUCAUACAGUGCCACAUCUCUAAUAAUAGUGAAUGAAAUGUUCAGACCUUUGCUAAUGAGCAGAUCUAGAGUGUGUCCACGAUUGUGGACAUCAGACAGAACUGCCCGAAUGGGGGAGCUACAAGGUCGCACUAGGUCCGGUUAGAGCUAUAUGUGUAUAACUCAGAAGGUACCCGACCUGAGGGGCAGGGCUGCUCUGCCCAGCCCGCCUUCAAGGGGUACUUGCUUAGUAGUGGAUGCAAUGCCUGUUCUUUACCUCGUGGGGCAGCCAUCAUGUCCGUCCCCCCUUCUCUAUGGGUAUUGCGCCAAUGAGAACAGCAAGACACUUCUGGAAUUGCCGUGACUCACAGGGGAAGUCGGUGCAGGAAAAGACAGUCCGGUGCAUAACGUUGAAAGAAUUCAACAGUAAUUCAGCGUAGAGUUUGAAGUCUCGAAGUCGAUCAUGUGUGAAGGCGAUGAAGAACAAAGGUGAAUGAAUGCCUUUUAUACCCAGAUAUCCGCGGGAGAAGUCCAGCAUGCAAAUUUCAUUCAUCAAUUUCAUUGGUCUUUAUCUAAGAUAAGUCGGAGUUGAUAGGUUCUCAAGGGCGAACCCCAUCUGUCGGUUUCGACACAACGUCGAGAGACCCACAGAAAUGGAACCAUUUGUAUCGAAACGAGUGUUCAAAUAAAACUGAACCAACGAUUUUGGUUUACACAGGAUUGAUUGUCCAACAAAAGCCAGCUGACGCACAGAUGUGGCAGUUUGUGGUAGCUUUGAAAGACUCUUGAAAAAAAUAAUUUACAAGUAUUAUCCAUAAUGUACUUACAUAAGUCAUAUAAGUAUUUCUGUAUACACCAUGAACCGUAUCUUAAUUCAAACAGCAAAACGGGCAAGAAAUGAAUGAACGCAACCAUACUGCUGAUGAACUUUUCUUCGAGUACUAACACAGGCGAGGUCCUUAUUAUCCUUUGAAGUUUUGCCUUCGCACCUCAUUUGAUUUGUAAAUAAGACUAAAAAUGACAGUUGACUGUGUUCUGAGGAAAGUUUUUCUGGGGAUCAAAUGACAUGGGAGGUGUCUUGAGGGCGUAGAGCAACAGUCAAAUGUCCAGAGUGAUGUGUUUAUAUAUUGUUGGAAGAGGGAAGAAGAGAAGAGGACUCAUCUGUAACCCCAAAGGUGCGUUCUGGUCAUAACCCGUAAGAAACUCAAUUCUCUUCUAUUCUCUAUUCUCAUAUUCAUUUUCUUCAGUAGAGACAUGGACAGACUUAUUGAUCUGAUUGUACUUUCUGGUCUUGUUUGUAUUCCAGGUAGUUUGUCAGUGAACUUAGCAUUUAAAGGAACGGCUACACAGUCAUCCACAUAUUCCACCUGGGAAGCUCAACGUGCCAUAGAUGGUAAACGAUAUGAAUCUGUAUACUGUUCGAGUACAGGAUCUCAAAGUAACUCAUGGUGGAGGUUGGAUCUCUUGAAUAUUUAUAAUAUUGGUAGAGUGAUCAUCACUGCUCACGGCAGCUAUUUGCAUGAAGUCAGCGGAGCAGAGAUUCGUAUUGGAGACUCGCUGGAAAACAAUGGAAACAACAAUUCCAAAUGUGCUGUAAUUUCUGACCCUCUACCUGGUAACACCAUCAGCUACUCAUGUUAUGGAAUGAAGGGACGUUAUGUGAAUGUGAUCAUGUCUGGACGUACAUCUCGUCUUACUCUGUGUGAGGUGGAGGUUUAUGAAACAGAGAAUUUAGCAUUUAAAGGAACAAUUAUGCAGUCAUCCACUCUUCUCUACUGGCUUCCUGAAAGGGCCAAAGAUGGUGUCAGAUAUGGCUCAAUUCCAUCCACAUACUGCUUUGCUACGGAACAUCAAAGUAACCCAUGGUGGAGGCUGGAUCUUAUGGAUAUUUAUGAGAUUAGUACAGUGGUCAUCACUGCUCGACCAGACUGCUGUGAGGAUCAAACAAAUGGAGCAGAGAUUCGUAUCGGAAACUCACUGGAGAACAAUGGAAACAACAAUCCAAGAUGUGCUGUGACUUCUGGUCUUCUAGUUGGUCACACCAUCACUUACUCAUGUGGUAAAAUGAAGGGGCGUUAUGUGAAUGUGGUCAUGUCUGGACGUACAAUUCAUCUCGUUCUGUGUGAGGUGGAGGUCUUCGGAAAGCGUAAUUUCUAA